AUGAAGUUCUCUGCAGUGCUUAUUUGUAUACUGCAGUUGAUACUAGUCAAAUCACAGGGUGAAGGAGGCAUACCGGUGCCGAAUGCGGGUGAAGACGAUCUUGAGAUUGACGCUCAGGACGAGACCAUUCCUGAGACUUCAACUAUGGUUGAGACAACUCCAGAGACCACAACUAUGUUUGAUAGCACUCCAGAGACUACAACUAUGAGUGGAACCGCUUCUGAAGGUGAAACGGAAAAUACCAUGACAUCUUCCAUGAUGGAUACUUCUACUCCAACGCAGAAACCAGAUGACUCGAAAGAUAACAGUGUCAGAUCACAGGGUGAAGGAGCCAUACCGGUGCCAGAUGCGGGUGAAGACGAUCUUGAGAUUGACGCUCAGGACGAGACCAUUCCUGAGACUUCAACUAUGGUUGAGACAACUCCAGAGACUACAACAAUGUUUGAUAGCACUCCAGAGAGUACAACUAUGUUUGAGAGCACUCCAGAGACUACAACUAUGGGUGAAACCACUCCAGAGACUACAACUAUGGAUGGAAGCACUCCUGGAGGUGAAACGGAAAAUACCAUGACAUCUUCCAUGAUGGAUACAUCUACUCCAACGCAGAAACCAGAUGACUCAAAGAAUAAAGGCGGGGAUGAAAACAAGGAUGUCGUACAAUUUGGUCGAGGUGUCAUUGUAAUUGCUCCUGAUGUUACAAAUAUGGUUGAGAUCACUGCAGAGACUACAACUAUGGGUGAAACUACUCCAGAGACUACAACUAUUGGUGAAACCACUCCAGAGACUACAACUAUUGGCGAAACCACUCCGGAGACUACAAUUAUGAGUGGAACCACUUCUGAAGGUGCAACUGAAACUACAGUAAUAGCUUCGACGAUGCAUACUUCUACUCCAACGCAGAAACCAGAUGACUCGAAGGAUAACAGUGGUGAGUCAGUGUUUUGA